AUGGAUGCCCAGGGCGCCCUCGACUCGCUUCUGGGCCGCCUCACCACCAUCCUAGCCGAUGAGGCGCGGCUGCUCGGCGCCCUCCACGGCGACGUGCAGUUCAUCAAGGAUGAGAUGGGGAGCAUGAAUGGCCUGCUCCUCCACCUUACCGAGGCUGACCACCGCGACCACCAUGUUCGUGCUUGGAUGAAGCAAGUUGUUGGCCUCACUCGCGACUGUGAGGGCAACGUCGAGCUCUACAUCCACAACGUUACAGGCGCUGGCCACCAUGGUGGUGGCUUCUUGGGCUACUUGCGACACAUUGUCCGCUAUGUACGCACCAUCCCGGAGAGGCACCGGAUUGCAACUAGGAUCCAGGAGCUCAAGGUCAGGGCUCGCGACGUGGGCGACAGGAAACUGAGGUACGGUGUCACCGUGCCACCAGCUGCUGACCAAUAUGAUGCGAUAUUUAUGGACGAUGCAUACAAGCACCAGGGGCAGGAAGAAGAGGAGAAUGAUGCUUGGAGACGCUUUCAUCUUGUUUAUUAUCCAGAGGAUGAAGAGGCUUACCUACAGAAAAUCAUCGAUGAUAACAUCAAGUUUGUAUUGCCUGAGGAAGAACCGGUUGAAGAGCUGACAAGUGGGGAAUCGAAGCCGAGGAUAUUCCUUAUGAUGUUCAGCCAACAUGAUUUGGCAGACAAAAGUAAUUUCUUACAUUCUAGUAUUACUGAGGGACUGUAUGAGCAGAAAAUGGGAUCAUUUAGUUGCAAAGCCUUGGUCAAUGUGUACACAAAUGGGGACUUCAAAUCUUUGGCUGUAAUACUGGGGGAAAUACUGGACCAACUGGAAGCAGAGAAGAGUACGGAAACCUCACCGGGUGAUAACGAGAAGGAUGAGGCGAUGCAACUCACCAAGAAACUUGAGGGGUAUCUCAAAGGUAAACGAUUCUUGAUCAUUCUGCAAGGUGUCAAUUCCACGGAUAAUUGGAAUAGCCUAAGGUCUGCUGUAUUACGUGCUACUGCUCAUGGCUCUCCUGGCAGCACUAUAGUCAUUACCACAUAUUCUUAUGACUUAGUACGCGAGUCCCCUUAUGAAAUCGUCAAACCACAAGGUCUAUUAGAUUAUUGGCGUGAUAAAACCAUGAUGCUUUUUGGUGAGAUCAUUCAUUCAUAUGUAAGCGAAAGUUAUGUGUCAACCGUUGCAGCAUUAUGUCGACAUGACCGCUUUGCAAUGAAUAUGAUCCAACAUCUUUUGUAUGUUUACCCUUUAAGGAGUGUUCCACAGCUAGAGAAUAUUAUAGCAACCUUACGUGAUUGUCAGAAGUCGAACAAAAAUUUGGGAAAGCAUAUGUUAAGGCUUUCCUAUAAUAAACUACCUAGCAAGUAUAGGAGAUGCUUGCUGUACCUAAGUAUCUUCCCAAAAGGUGACCGCAUUAGGAGAACAACUGUGUGUAGAAGAUGGAUAACCGAAGGACUGAUAACAUCAAGGGAGAAUCAUGCAGACUACGAGGCUUAUUGCUGCUUCGAUGUGCUCUUCUUGCCGGGUUUCAUUCAACCUGUGGAGAUAAGUGACAUGGGCAAGAUCAAGACCUUCACAUUACAUCCUAUUGUUCAUGAAUCCAUCAGCAGGAUUGGUAAAGAUCUAAACUUUGUGGACACGGUUCUUCCGUCCGAUCUGACUCGCCACCUUCCAAUUCACAGCAGAACUAGGGUGCAAGCAUCUCACGUGGAUCAUUCCGUGCAAGCAGCUGCUGGCAGUGGCAUUGUACCAUUUCUUCCGUAUUUGGCAAAGUCAUCUCAGUGGCAGCUAAUGAAGAUGCUGGAUCUAGAAGGUUGCAGAGGCUUAAAGAAGCAACAUUUGAAGAGCAUCUGUAAAAUAAUACUGCUCAAGUACUUGAGCCUCAGGAACACAGAUAUCACUGAACUGCCUAAGCAAAUCGAGAAGCUGCAGCGGCUAGAGACGUUGGACAUCCGGCAAACAGCGGUACAGUCAUUCCCAACAAAAUCAAUCAUGCUUCCUAUGCUAAAGCAUAUGCUUGCUGGCCAGGGCAACAACUUUGAUAGGUUUCAGGAGUCAUUUACGGCUAUGCGCCUUCCCAGCGGUGUCAGAGGAAUGAAGAAAUUAGAGAUAUUGUCUCGUGUUGUUUCUGACAAUGCUGAUGAUUCAAUUGAUGUUGGUCAUCUGUUACAGCUGAGGAAACUGGGUGUGAUUCUUUCUGGUAAGAAUGGUAGCUUCGGUCAUCUAUUGCAACAGAUUGAGAAAUUGCAUGGUAGCCUCCUCUCCUUGUCAAUCCAGAUCAACCAAACACCCGAAGUUGGGGAUACUCUUGGUGCAGAGGAGGUGGUCACAUUAGUCUCGCCUCCGAAACUUCUCCAAAGCCUGAAAAUCAGCGGCAUCACAAGUGGGCUCCUCUUGUGGAUUGCAGAGCUUGAUCAGCUUACCAAGUUAACACUGAGCAGGACUUAUCUGACAGAAGACUAUAUAUGCAUCCUUGGCAAACUUGCAGCUCUGCGUUGUCUCAGUCUUCACCGCAAUUCAUACACCGGAAGCAGGCUGACAUUCAAGGAACGGGAGUUUAAGAGCCUCAAGUCUUUGGUCGUCGAUGGCGACAUCAUCACCAACAUUACCUUUGACACUAAAGCGGCUCCCAAGCUUGAGAUGAUUGUGUGGUCUUUCGCCAAAAUGGAGUCUAUUUCUGGAUUACGCGACCUUUGGUCGUUGAAGAAGCUCGAGCUCAAUGGUGACUGCAACCCAGGCCCAGUGAGAAGAGCACUUGGAAAGCACCCAUAUGAUCCUGAAUUUAAGCACAACCCACGCCAUGGACACCAAGAAGAUGGAGCUGUUGUUGCUGCCUCACCCCCGUGA